UACGAUACGAUCAAUGAAUUUAUGAGCAUACAUACUGAUGAUGGCACUGGAUCAGGAUUUGAUCUCGGUAUUGUUGACUCUGAAGGCGAUUGUUAUUGCGAUCAAUAUGCUUAUAAAAAACAAAUUAAGGAAGAUCCCAAAAAAAGAUCAUACUUAAACAGAAGGGCAUUCUUUGAAAUGGAAGAAUAUGAAAUUUUUCAAAUUGUAGAAAAAUCUUAG